AUGGAUCAAAAUUCAACUUAUGUGCUGAAAAUCAAUUUGCUUGGCAGCCCAAAAAAGGCUAGAAAGGAUAUCAAAUGCUUCUGUUUUGAUAAGGUUAUUGAUUCCGACUUAACAAAUUAUAAGGACUUGGUUGAAUCAAUCGUAGAGCAGUACUCGCCUCGUUAUUUGGAAGUUGCACAUGUUCAGUAUUAUGAUGAUGUUCUUAAAAUCUACCCUGAAGUAACAUCUGACCAAGAAUUGGUGUCGAUGUUUGAGAAACACUCUAAGACAAAGGUUGUGCAUAUGUUUGUUGCGUAUUGUGAUCCAUCGGAACCAUAUGAGCCUAUAACGGAGUGGCAUAGUGAUGCGCAUAGCCAACCUAACAACAUAGAACAAGAUGAUGAUGAUGAUUAUCUUCGCAACCCAGUACCUGAGAAUGAGCAUGUUGGUGUUGAUGAGGAAAAUAUUUAUUUAGAGGAUGAACCUGUACCUCUUAUCAUGGUUCCUUGUUCCAACAAAGAAAAGGACAAAGACUAUGUUCCUGAUCAUGAGAGCGAGGCUGAGAGCGAGGUUGAGAGCGAGGAUGAGAGCAUGUUCGAGGUUGAAGUAGAGGAAGAUGAGGAAUAUCACGAGGCAGAUCAUGCACCACACAUUGAAUAUAAUAAAUUAGAUCCUCCAAUGAACGAAGGAAGAAAAUAUCCCAAUAUGGCAGAGUUUAAAUUGGCGCUUUCUCAGCAUGCAAUCAAACAUGAAUUUGAGUUUGAUACCGAAAAGAGUGCACCACAUAGGUUCAGAGCUUAUUGUUCAAGAAGGGAUGAAGAUAAGUGUCCAUGGAGGAUAUAUGCUUCUAUAAUGGAAGAUGAGUGCACAGUAAUGGUGAGAAAGAACCCUUGUGGUCAUGAUUGCUCUAGUACAAAAAGAAAAAAGAAGUUGAAGAAUGCAAACAAGCGGUGGAUAUGUGAGCACGUGAAGGACUGGUUAAUUGAGGAUGCAACUCUAGGACCAGAGGCAUUGCGAAAGAAGCUUAAAGAGCAUCAUGGAAUCGACAUCAACUCUAAGAGAGUCUAUAUGGGUAAGCUGCUAGCCUUGAAGGAACUAUAUGGUGAUUAG